AUGGCGACGAUGGAGAGCCAGGCGGGGCUCGCGUUUGUUUCUCUGGCGAUUCUCCUCUUCGCGAUCGCUGGAGCGAAUCAGGCUCUCGAUCGAUGCAGCCUUCUCCCGAUCGAUCACUUCUUCCUCUUCAGCAAGCGCGUGAUCACUCCCGCGGGGAUAAUCUCCGCUUCUGUGGAGAUUGACAAUGGCAAAGUGGUAUCGAUUCUCGAGCGGGAAGAGGCGCCAUCCAAGGAGAUAAACGGCGUGCCUGUGAUGGAUUAUGGGAAUGCGGUCGUCAUGCCGGGUCUCAUUGAUGCUCAUGUUCAUCUAAACGAGCCAGGAAGAGAAGAAUGGGAAGGAUUUGUUACAGGAACUAUGGCUGCCGCAGCGGGUGGAGUGACUUCUCUCGUUGACAUGCCUUUGAACAAUUUUCCGACCACUACGUCAAGCGAGCUUCUCAAGUUAAAGCUUGCAAGCGCAGCAGAGAAACUUAUGGUCGAUGUUGGAUUUUGGGGAGGCCUUGUUCCUGAGAAUGCUGCAAAUCUCACGAUCUUGGAAGAACUUCUUGAUAGUGGAGCUUUGGGCCUCAAGUCUUUUAUGUGUCCAUCAGGAAUAAACGACUUCCCAAUGACCACGGGUCAGCACAUACAGGCGGCGUUGCCCGUGUUAGCAAAGUAUGGUCGCCCCUUGCUCGUCCAUGCAGAAAAAGAACAACCCGGGGUUAAAUCCUCUCAAGUGGACAAAGACCCCAGGCUGUAUUCAACACAUCUCGAGUCAAGACCAAAUUCGUGGGAACAGGAGGCUAUACGAGACCUACUAGAUGUUGCAAAAGAUACAGCUCCUGGAGGAAAAGCUGAAGGUGCUCGUGUCCAUAUUGUCCAUUUAUCUGAUGCCGACGAAUCCAUGCAAAUGAUCAAGAAAGCCAAAGCUCAAGGCUUGAAUGUGUCGGUAGAAACAUGCACUCACUACCUGGCAUUCUCGUCGGACAACAUAGGCGAUGGUGAUACUCGCUACAAGUGCGCCCCUCCCAUUCGGAGCGAGGUCAACCGAAAGAAACUUUGGAAUGCUGUGAAUGAUGACUUUUUCGAUCUACUCAGCUCGGAUCACUCUCCGUCUCCCAGUGACAUGAAGUUACCGGAAGAAGGUGACUUCAUGAGAGCUUGGGGUGGAAUUUCUUCGCUUCAGUUUGUGCUUCCAGCGACUUGGACUGCCGGAAUACCUCACGGACUGACGCUGGAGAAGCUCUCAAAUCUGUGGAGCCGAGGUCCAGCGAAACUUGCAAACAUUUACUCCUCCAAGGGAUCUUUAGAACCAGGGAAGGAUGCCGACAUCGUAGUAUGGGACCCGGAGAGCUCUUUCGUGAUCGAUGAAAACUACACCAUUUUCCACAAGCACAAGCUCACACCAUACGCGGGACAAACGUUAUAUGGACGAGUGAUCACUACUAUUGUUCGAGGCCAGCAUGUAUAUCAGGAAGGCCACCAUGCAACGCAACCGUGUGGAAAGGUGCUCCUUGCUAAAUCAACGAGUUAGUUUGAUCAAAGUGAUUAAUGAGUAAAAAAUAGUUAGAAAAUAUUCGAUAAAAAGGGGUCGCCGUUGCCGGGGAUCGAACCCGGGUCGUCCGCGUGACAGGCGGAAAUACUUACCACUAUACUACAACGACUUCGAGCUAUCACACAGGAAAAUUCUAGCUAGAAGUCUGGCUGUUCUAGUUUGGUUUUCUCUUUCGCUUGCUUCGCUUUUUUCUCCCAAUUGCGGCUUCUUCUUCUUCUUCGGGGUAUCUUUCCUCCAAUAGAUCCAUGGAUUUCUACAGCGCAACACAAAAUCGUUCAAGAAAAGAUCAUUCCACCGCCUACCUUGUUCAUCUCCAUGAAGCUCACUCCAUAAAAUGUUAGUGCGGCAGUAGCAACAAUGCCAAGAACAGGCAUUACAAGCACUGAUAAAUCCAUGCCUUAUCUCUUGUUCCCUAGAACCACACAAAACUAUUUGAGAUGAACUGUGAGAAUAAAUGA